UUAUGUGAAGUUUGCCAAACGUGUGAAGGAUUUCUCUACUAAAAUUUUACAUAUUUUUCGGCCGUCAAGUAAGUUUUCUCGUUAGAAAAGUGUUAUAACAAAAUUUCAACAUGGGUCGGAUGCACACACCCGGAAAAGGUAUCUCCAAAUCGGCUCUGCCGUACCGCCGUAUCGUACCGACAUGGUUGAAGUCGUCAUCCGAAGAUGUCAAAGAUCACAUUUUCAAGUUAGCCAAGAAGGGCUUGACUCCAUCAAAAAUCGGUGUUAUCUUACGAGAUUCCCAUGGUGUUGCUCAAGUCAGAUUUGUUACUGGAAAUAAAAUUCUUAGAAUCAUGAAAGCCAUGGGUUUGGCUCCAGGUCUCCCUGAAGACUUAUACCAUUUGAUCAAGAAAGCAGUUGCAAUCAGAAAACAUUUGGAAAGAAACAGGAAAGACAGAGAUUCUAAAUUCCGAUUGAUUUUGGUUGAAUCACGUAUCCACCGUUUGGCAAGGUACUACAAACGUAAGUCAAAGAUUGCCCCCAACUGGAAGUAUGAGUCCAGCACUGCUUCCGCUUUGGUUGCUUAAGUAAACUGUUUUAUUUGUAUGGACAUUUGAAGAAAAAUACAACUUAUACUUUAAGUUCAACAAUAA